GCCCACGAUGUAGACGCGCGCCGUGCAAGCGCACACCCAGUCCGGCAGUGCCUGGGAUUGGGUGGAGGGAGUGGUGGUUGCGGACGGAGUCACAGGAUUGGUAGAGUUCAGCGCCAAACUUGUUGACUCAUAACUGAGCAGCUCUUCUCCAUCCUUUACGGCGCGGAGCUGUCCACGGCCACUGGUGCUGAAACUGCCAGCUUCCGACGCGCUGUUGGACUAAUCUCAUUUUAUUUCCGGUUUAAUUGCUCUCAUCGAGCUUUUGAAACUUAGAUGCUCUUGUGUAACGCGUCCAGACGUCUGGUUUAAGCAUCACUUGACGGAUAUUUAUCCACCGCUCCAUCCAAGAGUGUACCAAGCCUUCAACUUCUUAGCCGAAAUAGAGGACUUUCCAAGGCGCAAACAUGGCUUUCAUGGUCAAACACAUGGUUGGAGGACAGCUGAAGAACCUGACAGGCGGACUGACGGAGGAGAAAUCGGAAGGAGAGAAAUCGGACGCCGCGGCGCAGGGGAUGACACAGGAGGAAUUUGAACAAUAUCAGCAACAGUUAGAGGAGGAAAAACAAGAACGAGAAGCCAGUUUUGCUCAAAAGAAGGCUGAGAGAGCCACAGUUAGAAGUCAUUUCCGGGAAAAGUAUAGACUACCAAAGAAUGAGACUGAUGAGACGCAGAUUCAGCAGGCAGGAGAGGACGUGGUGUUGCCCACAGAGCUGGCCAAGAUGAUCGCUGAGGACAACCAGGAGGAAACUCAUAAGCAGUCAGUGCUGGGCCAGCUGUCUAACAUCCAGAACGUGGACAUCGACCAGCUGAAAGACAAAGCCCAGGCCACACUGGAAGAUCUGAAAAAGCAGACGGAGAAUUGCAGUCUCAUGUGAUCUAGCCAACUCUAAGUCUCUGGAGAUUAGAGAUUUACUUGUACAAAUAUUUUUUCAGAGGCAGAGCCGCUCUGAAGGUAGAAGUAUUCUUGUUGCCUGAGUGGAAUGCCAGUUGGCUGAGCCACAUAAUAACAGUUUUUCUAGCUGUGCAAAGACAGACAGAAGCCAUACAGGAAAAAGGAAAGACAAAGACGUUUACAGAAAUAAUGAAAUGUGGGGUGUGUCUACUUACUGGACAGAAUAACUCUAAUUACAAUGUUAGCUGUGGUUGUUGAGCUUGAUUAGUCAGUUUAUCUGCUGACCUUUUAACAGCCUUCAUCAGCUGCUUGAAUGUUGUAAUGUAAGGUUGUCAUUAAGCUCCUUUUUCACUCUAAAAACUGUUUAAUUGGCUCUUUCCACUCAGAUGUAAUCAGUGAGAUUAUUUCUACCUUCAGAGCAACUCUUUCUCUGAGGAAAGUGGUUCAUUUAAUCCUUUAUUUAUUAUAGUUCCUACCCUCCUUUUCUCUCUGUACCUCACAAGACCAGUGUUAACACAGUAUCAUAAAACCCACAGCUGUAGACCCAUAAGUGUGUGUAGGUGUUGAAUUCUACACACAACAGCUGAUUUCACAGGUGAAUUCACUCGUUGAAUUUACUGCUAAACUAGUUGUUGGGUUGGAGUAAAAAACCUUGCUACAGUGACUCAUGUGAGGAGGCCAUUUGUGUGUUUUGUUGAAGUUGGGGCUUUUUUUUUUCCAAUUUUCUUUAGGAAAAAAUGUAAAGGAGUCGUUUCUUUCUAUUCCACAUGCAAAAGCACAAAGUGACAUACAGAUUCAUGAAAUGGGCAAUACUCAGAACAACAAAUGAGGCUGAUUUUUGUUGAAAGCAGUUUGGUAACAUUGGCACUUGUAGUUUUAAUCUCUUCCUAUAGACAUAUCAUGGAGAUUUUUUUUUCCAUACUUCAUUGUGCCUUGGACGUCUGUACAAGGUUGUUUUCUACAGAGCUCAAUGAUCUUUAAGCUACUUCCAGCAAAUUCAGGCCCUCUUGGUUGUUUCUGCAGCGUGUUUUUGUGGCAUAAAUUAGGAUUAAUUUGUUGCCUUUUCUGUGUUGUAAUUAUAUACAGUGAGGUGUAAAGUAACAGUGCUCCUAAAUUUAUCCUGUAUUGAUAUCAACUAGGGAGCCGAACUGUGUUUGUGCUGCAUCCAGAUAAAAAAAAAAACAUAAAUGAAAAAUAAAAUUAAAAAAACAAAACAAAAGCUGCUCAUAGAAAUGUAAAUGUCAUAGAAGUUGUAUGCCAAAGCCUUUGCUGAAAAUACUCCAACUAACAUAAAGGAAAUGGCACAAAUAAUGUCAAACAGUGUAACUGCAGUGUGUGUAUAAAUCCAGCUAAGUCCAUAUACAAAUAUUUAUGUUCUAUAACAUGUAAAUGUAUCAGCUGUUUGCCUGUGCCGUCAGCAUCAGGCCGUUUCUCAUCAACACACCAGGUCUUGUAGUGCUGUCGACCGUCACAUGACCUUUGCCCCCUCCUCGCUCUCAUUGACCCCUGUGUCUCAGUGGUGAUGUUUUGUGCUGGUGGAUUCGUGUUGUUUAGCUGAUGUGACAUGUCAAGUGGUGUCUUCGUAAAAAUCUGGUCCCGUGGCUGAAAGUGCUGGUCAGCACACAGUCGCUUUGGGUUUUACUGCGUAACUCGGUGUACGGUCUGUGUUGCUUUCUAGCCAAAUGUAAACGGAGGCUUGGUUGAAUUCAGAGAGGAUGUCGUUGGUGUUGUGUUACAUUCAUAGACACUACACUCUGCCAGUGUUUGAUUUCAUGUAGCAGUGGUGCUGAAGGUGGCGUCAGCUUCGAUCUCACAUCUGUCCCCAUUUCGAUUACUGUUUUAUUACCAAAACCAGUCCUUUUGGUUCUUAUACAAUAUUAAUUUCACAUAUAAACAAUGUCUUCUCUAUAUUUAAGAAGAAACUUAUGUGUGCAAUAGCAUUGUACUUAUUCUCAAAGACAAGUGGUGACUUCCUCAUUGUAGGUUCAACAUCACUGAAUGACUAACGGAAACAACACUUUAUUAUUAGUAGUACAGUGGUUGAUGUCAUGUGAAAAAUGAACAACAUAUUCAUAGCAUUAUAAUAUGAAGCAGAGGAAGAGUUGCAAUAAGUCAUUUUAUGAUAAAGCCAGUUGAGACAAUAUUAAUGGGUGGAACUGAAGCCAUAAAGCAAGUGUUUUGCUUUGUAUGAGUGUGUAACUAAUAAUAACUCAAUAAUAAUUAUUAACAAAUGUAUUCUUGUGUUGUCAUCCUGUGGACCAAAUAUUUCAGGAAAUGGCUGCUGAGACACGCUGUUUCUUCUUGCUGUUUAUUUGUUGAUUUGUUUUACAGUAUCUUUAUCAUUCCGUCUCUGAAAGUACUUGAGUGAUUUUUGAGUUUCAACUGCAAUAAACUUAUUUUUAGGACUAUA